UUCAUUUUCACCCCAAUAUUUUAUUUCCCUCUUAAAGCAGAAUUUGAAAUCCUUCAGUUCUGCAACAAACUAUCAAGCUCUAUUCUUCCCUUCCUCCCACCUCCAAUUCGUCCGUAGCACAGAAAUGGAAGUACGAGAAGGGACACUGCUACACUUAAUUAUGGAGAAAGGUCCUCUUUCGGGUCAAAAUCUGGUGUAUAAACCCGGUUCAAAGAUCCAGAUUGGUCGGGGUGUCCGUGGCAACACACUUCCUAUCAAAGACGAAGGCAUCUCUUCUAAACACCUCCGUAUUCAGUUUGAAUCCGGGUUCUGGGUUAUCAAUGACCUCGGAUCUUCUAACGGUACGUUUCUCAACACUAUUGCAAUUGACCCAUCUCGACCCACUAAACUUACCGACGGCGAUAUUAUAAAAAUUGGCGAAGAAACGUCCAUUAAGGUCAAAAUUGAAGCAAUGGAAGUUCAUCCGGUGGAAGAAAUCGAGGCUAAGGGUAAAAAUACCCGACGGAACACGAGGCGUGUUAAGGGAUUGGGGUUGAUUGAUGAAAAUCGCGAAUUAGGUCUUGGAAACGGAGAAAAAGGAAAUGUGGGUGUGGGUUCCAAAAGAGCGACGAGGAGUUCUAGGAAUGUGAAAAAUGAAGCUGGAAAUGUAGAUGAAGUUGAGAACUUUACUGCAAUUGGAGCUGAGAAAGAGGGGAAAGGGAAUCCGAGGAGGACUCGGGGUUCUAGUAAAGUGGAGAGUGUGAAAACUGGGGUUGAUAGUGUGAAGGAAGCUGAGAAUACUGAUUUAGUUGAUGUUGAAAGAGAGACUAAACAGGGUCGGGGGAGGCCUAGGGGUUCUAAGAAAGCUGACAGUGUUAAAGACGGGGAUACUGUGGAGGAAACUGAAAGUCCUGCUGUAGUUGAAGCAGAGCGACAGAGGAAACCUAGUCCGAGGAGGACUAGGGGUUCUAGGAAAGUGGGGAAUGAUGCUGAGGAUACUGACAGUCUUGCUAUAGCUGGUGCAGAUAGAGAGAAGAAACCGAGUCCUAGGAGGACUAGGGGUUCUAAGAAAGCACAGAAUGUUAAAUGGACUGAUAGUGUGGAGGAAGCUAAGAAUUCUGUAGCCAUUGGUGUAGAUAAAGAGAAGAAAGUGUGUUCAAGGAGGACUAGGGAUUCAAGGAAGGAGGAAGAUGUGGAAAAUCUCCAUCAAAAAGAAAAUGUAAACAUGGAAUUGAAGCAACAUGUCAAGGGGAAGGGAAGCACUGCAAGUAUAGUUCACUCUGAGGAAGAUGAGGUGAUGGAGAAGUUAGAAAGAGACCAAAAAGAUUGUCAAGAAGCAGUUGAGAGCAAUGCCAAUGUGGGAGUAGAAAGAAAUAUGCCCGAGGUGGUUGAAGCAGAACUUGGAAGGGACGGUUGCGAGGGGUUAGUUAGUAAUGUUGGCGCAAGCAUGAGUGAAGUCCAAAUGGAGGAGGAGGUGGAUUUAGAGAAAAUGACACUUGGAGAGUGGUUGGAUUGUUUGGAGAUUUAUUUGCCAAAACAAAUAAUUGAUGCCACUGAGGAGAUGAUUUUAGGUAUGAAACAGAAAACAGAGAAAUAUCAGGAGUUCAUGUUGCAGCAGAAGAAUGCAAAGGAUUGUGAUGGAAUACCGAAGGGUUAGACUGACUCAGUAUGAGGUUACAUUCUUAGGUUUUCUUUGCUACUUCCAGAAAAGAGGUCGUGUUGACACAAACAACUGAGAUUGGUGGCAUCCUCUGAGGAUAAAGUACCCUUUUUAGACUAAGUAUCUGAGAUUCAGACUACAGUAGGCAUCUGUUAACAUAUUCAGUUGGGGUUCGAGCUUCUUUUUGCAUAUUGUCUGUCUAUUGAUCCUUGUGGAAGUAGCAUUCGCCGUUGGUACAGUUCUGUGGUUUAUUAAAGAAAAAGUGCCACUAUUAAUUCUACAGGAUAAUAUUAGCUCUAAAUUAGGAUGUUCCACAUAAUUAUGAUAAAGUGAAAUCACUUUCCUCAAUGAAUGGAUGUCAUGCAGAAGGGGAUCUCUUUAGGACAAAAAGUUUCCAUUGGACGGAGCCUGAGAUUCAACAACGUAAAGGUUAGAAGCUGAUUUAACAGAUGAUAUUCAAUAUCAAAAGAGAAAUUGGCAGCCGUGAGGAGCAAGCUCGUUAUGCCUAAAGAAUGAAGUUUGUCCUACAAAGUGAAGGGAGAAGAAUGUUAUAUUUGUGCAUGCUCUGGCAGAUGAAAGUACACCUAGGCUAAGGCUUCUGAUACUAAUAUUAGUUAGGCUGACCUUGAUUUUAGUCUUUGUUGCAUAUUUCUCUACUUCGACAUUGAGCUGCAGUUUGUAACAUAACUAUUAAUGCUUGAGUGUUUUUAGUUGGGCAUACCACUCGUUCUAAGAAGAUUUAUCUUCAGUGUUGAUG